GUGCCACCACCAACAUCAACAACAACAACCACAUUUGUCCAAAGCGGAGGGCAUAUUAACAACACCGUCCAAUCAUUAUUAUACUACCUACCUACCUACACACCCCUAAAUACAAACACAAUGGCUCCCAUCAAGCCCCACUGGGUCCAGCCCUCCCACCCGGACCGUCUUCACCUCAUCGUCAACGAGGCCGAGUUCACGUCCAAGAGCAUCUCCAAGAUUGCUCUGCCGCCCUUUGCGCUGUUCGCCAAGCUCGAGUUCCCCCCCUGCACGCCAGCCGACAAGCCGACGUAUGCUACCGUCCAGUGUGGCCGUGACAAGCACCUGGAUCUCAACAGCGACUUGCUGUACAUCAACCACUCUUGCGAGCCGUCUCUUAUCUUUGACACGGGUAACAUGAACGUCAUCGCCGGCCCGAAAGGGAUUCAAAUCGGCGAGGAAUUGACUGUAUUUCCCCCCUCCCCUCCUUCCCCUUCCUUCCUUUCCUUUCCCCCGGCAACAAGCAGACUAAUACCCACCCCAACAACAAAGUUCUUCUACCCCUCAACCGAAUGGACCAUGGCCCAGCCCUUCGACUGUCUCUGCGCCAAACCCACCUGCCGCGGCCGCAUCUCCGGCGCCCGCGACAUGACCGACGCCCAACUUUCGGGUGCCUGGCUAAACGGCCACAUCCGCGACCUUCUCGAAGAACAACGUGGUCCCACCACUACCUUUUCCUCUUCCUCUUCUAUCCCUACCGCCACUACUGCCAAUGCUUCCACCACCACCACCACAGCUUCUUCUUCAUCAUCCCUCAACGGCAGCAACUCCGCCACUUACACCAUCCCCGAAAAGAACUCCUCUGAAAAAAACGGCUUCCACAAAGUCGGAGAGUUGGACCAAAUUGCGCAGAGCCUUCGAGAUGCAUUGACGCAUGCCGAAAAGGUGGUGGAAGCCGCGAGGAAUGCGCUGAUGAGCUAUGUCGGGGCUGUCAAUGAUGCUGCUACUGCUGCUAACAAUGGGGCGGCGAAGAAAAAGGAGGAGGAAGAGGAAGAAGAAAGUCCCGAGGGGGCGCGGAGACGGGGACCGACGAGUAGGGAGCUUAGUGGAGAGAUGGGGGGUGAUACGAUGGAGGUUUUGGCUUAGGG